GGCCGCGAGAUGGAGAGCGAGCUCAGAACCCAGCUCGAGAUGCUCGAGUCCAAGAGCGAGAAUGCCCUCCAGCAGGCGGCCGAGACCGAGGCAUCCCUGAAGGCGCGGCUUGGCCAGCUCGAGCGCGAGAAGCAGACGCUCCAAGAAGAGGGCCGCGAGAUGGAGAGCGAGCUCAGAACCCAGCUCGAGAUGCUCGAGUCCAAGAGCGAGAAUGCCCUCCAGCAGGCGGCCGAGACCGAGGCAUCCCUGAAGGCGCGGCUUGGCCUGCUCGAGCGCGAGAAGCAGACGCUCCAAGAAGAGGCGGCCGAGACCGAGGCAUCCCUGAAGGCGCGGCUUGGCCUGCUCGAGCGCGAGAAGCAGACGCUCCAAGAAGAG